CGGGCGGGCGGCUCCGUUUUGCUCUGCCGGGAGCCCGGGGUGCGGAGGAGCAGCAGCUCGUGCUCCAAGUGUCUCUCUCGGGCAGCUGGGCUUGCAAUGGAGCCCGGGGUGCCGGAGGGGUGACGGCCGAGCGCCGGGGGCUGCUGUGCGCGGGGUCGCCCGCCGGAGCUGGUACAGACCGGGCCGGCGAUCGCCAAGGCGGCUCUGACCGAUGCGGAGGGAAGCCGGGGAAGUAGCCCGCCGCGACCCCUUUGCCUGGCGCUCGCUGCUCCCCGCAUCCGGUCUGAUCCCCCCCGCCCCGCGCCAGAGAGGCGGCGAGCGGGGGACGGAGCGCGGCUCGCCGCAGCCACCCAGGAGGAGCCGCCGCUGCUGCGCGGGAGGCGAGAUGCACUUUCGGAGCGCUCGGCAGCUCAGCAGCACCCUAAAGUUUCCCCCCUCCCGUGCCCCGGCUGCUUGCUCGCCGCUGGGCUGCGGAACGGAGACUCCCGCUGCUGCCGCCGCGAUGGGCCAGCGGAGCGCCGCGCGCUAGCCGGCUGCAGAGCCCGGCGCUAGGGGGCAUCGGCCAAGGGGGGAGAUCGCUGCCGCUGCUGCUGCUUCCCCCGGCCCCAGCCUGCCCGCUGCGGCUAUGAAGGGAAGAAAGAAACGAAAGUUGCUGUGAGCCGGCAGCUGGGGAGACCCGCUGGCGCGAGGCUGGAGCACGGGCUAGUAACGAGGGCGCAGCCCCGCCAGGCAGCAUCGGCUGCCCGGACUGGGCGUCCCCACCCCCGGGGCGUGCGGCAUGCCAGAUCCGCCGCGGGAAGGGCUCUCUGCUGGGGGCAUGCGGGCAGCCCCCCCGGACCCGCGCUCCGUGUGAUGUGAUGAGCCACAGCUGGCGCCGGCCCGCCGCUCCUGCCCCUGCAGUGCUGCUGCUGCUGCCCUGGCCCCCGGCGCGUCUCAGCAUGAAAGUCUUCCGCAGGAAGGCGCUGGUGCUGUGCCUGGGCUACGGGCUGCUGCUGCUGCUCACCAUGCUCAACCUGCUGGACUACAAGUGGCACAAGGAGCCCCAGCAAUGCAACGAGCCCCCCCCGGCCCGGCGCGCCCCUUCCUCCCCGCAGCAGCCCCACUUCCAGCCCCGCUCGGACAUCCGCUCCCUCUACCGGCCCCCCGCGCCGCCGCCCCGCCAGCGCCAGCUGGUCUAUGUCUUCACCACCUGGCGCUCGGGCUCGUCCUUCUUCGGGGAGCUCUUCAACCAGAACCCCGAGGUCUUCUUCCUCUACGAGCCGGUGUGGCACGUGUGGCAGAAGCUGUACCCGGGGGACGCCGUCUCCCUGCAGGGGGCGGCCCGGGACAUGCUCAGCUCCCUCUACCGCUGCGACCUGGCCGUCUUCCAGCUCUACAACACGGCGGGGGCCGGCAAGAACCUCACCACGCUGGGCAUCUUCGGGGCGGCCACCAACAAGGUGAUCUGCUCGUCACCGCUCUGCCCGGCCUACCGCAAGGAGGUGGUGGGCAUGGUGGACGACAAGAUCUGCAAGAGGUGCCCCCCGCAGCGGCUCAGCCUCUUGCAGGACGAGUGCCACAAGUACCACACCCUGGUCAUCAAGGGCGUGCGCGUCUUCGACCUGGCUGUGCUGGCCCCCCUCAUGCAGGACCCUGCGCUGCAGCUCAAAGUUAUCCACCUGGUCCGGGACCCCCGGGCGGUGGCCAGCUCCAGGAUCAAAUCCCGGCACGGCCUGAUCCGGGAGAGCCUGCAGGUGGUGAGGAGCCGGGACCCCCGCAUCCACCGCAUGCCCCUCCUAGAUGCCAGCCACAAGCUGAACAGCAAGAAGGAGGGGGGAGGUGGCUCGGAUUACCACGCACUGGGGGCCAUGGAAGUGAUCUGCAGCAGCAUGGCCAAGACCCUGCAGACUGCCCUGCGUCCACCUGACUGGCUCAAGAACAACUAUCUGGUUGUCCGCUAUGAGGACCUGGUGGUGGAUCCCAUCAAGACUGUGCGGCAGGUGUAUGGCUUUGUCAAUCUGGUGGUGAGCCCGGAGAUGGAGAAGUUUGCCCUCAACAUGACCAGCGGGCCUGGCUACUCCUCCAAGCCCUUUGUGGUGUCUGCCAGGAAUGCCACCCAGGCAGUGAGCGCCUGGAGGACAGCAUUGAGCUUCCAGCAGAUCAAGCAGAUUGAGGACUAUUGCCACCAACCCAUGGCCGUCUUGGGCUACGAGAGAGUCAACAGCCCCGAAGAGGUGAAGGAUCUAAGCAAAACAUUGCUCAGGAAGCCAAGGCUGUGAAUGGGGCACAGAGGAUGCCAACAAGCAUCCUUUCCAAAGGGACAGUUAACCACUGAGCAGGUUUGAAAACAGUCUUCUUUGCUUGAGAGAAAGGAGUGAGGGGAAAAAAAACAUCUGGUAUUCCUUACAAAUGCAUUCAUCAGGAAUUCAGGCAUUCCUCCAAAGACCAUUUGUGGGUAAUAUACAUUGACAUUUUUGCAUUGCUGGGUUAUAUGCAAUUAUAAAAAAAAAAAGUAGGAUUGAUGGUAUUUGUAAAACCCUUUCCUCUCUUAUAUCCAAGGUGAGAUUCAGUACCAAAACCUUGUUUACGGACUUCUUGUUGUGACUGUGAUAAUGAAAGACUUGUGCAAUUUCUGAGACAUCUGUCUCGGUCAGGAUGGGUUGCAGUGGAAACAUAAUAUUGCACAUUGGGUUUUUCUAUUAAAAGUAAAUAUUCACGUGAUCUAAAUAAAGAAAACAAUAAAUGAUA